AUGCUUUUCUGGCUCUACUACCUGGUCAAGGCUGCGCGCCUCCACCGCCCAGUCGUCGAGCUGACCGAGCGGGACCGGCGCAACUUCCUCAGCCUCUUCAAGGCCAUCGGGCAGGGCGACGGUGUGGGCGAGGUUCUGCUCGAGGUGACCAGCCUCGUGCGCACGCACCACGUGCAGCCCGACCCCGUCUUCACGACCCUCGUCUGCGCGAUCGUCGUCCUCGAGGGGCUGGGCAGGCAGCUCGACCCCACCCUCGACCUCUUCUCGGUGGGCUUGCCGCUGCUGGUAGGAGCGUGA